AUGAAACAAACAGCCGUCAUAAGCUUCAAGUGUGUGCUGCUCAUAUUUUUGUUGACAUUUGACUGUAAUGCACAGGUAAAUGAAGAAGAUACUGAGCAGCCUCCAGAUGACUCUGGAGCUGAAAACACUUUCUUUGCCUUGCGGAGUUGUCACCGGUUGCUAUACACUGACAGUGGUGAGUUUUUCUCCCCGGACUACCUAUGCUCCAAUCCUCCCCUGUGGUGCAACUGGACAAUCCAGGUGGAUCCGAGUAAAAGGAUUCAUCUCUACCUGGAGGAUUUGACCCCUGAUGACAUCUGUAACCUCAAACAGGACCAAAUCCACAUUGACGAGCCAGUUGGAGAGUUAGCGGGACACAAAGUCUUACAGAAGUGCUGGCAAGAGGCCAAAUACACCUCCUCCUCCAAUAUUCUGUAUGUGGUGCUACUGAUUGGCGGCUGGCCCAACCCCCUGUACAGGGGCUUUUAUGGUCGCUACCAGGCAUUUGGAUCACCAGUCAUUUAUAACCCAGGUGAAGGCUUUACAGAGACAAGCAAUGAGUCAGAGACAUCUCCUGGGCUGAUGGACUUCAGUGAAUCUGGACCAGGUACAAAGAGGGAACAGAUGGGGUAUGGUUAUGAUGAGGAACAAUUAGCAAUGAUGACUGAGCUACCCACGGAGCCCAAGAUGCCUGCAGACACAAACACUUGGGUGGAUAAAAACAACCCUCUGUCCUUGUCUGGGAACUACACGACCAUGCCGACUGAAUCAGUGUCCACCCAAAGGACCUUCAGAUCAGGGAGAGGUAUCACUCACACCCAACUGGAAGUCACCACUGACACUGCAACAGCAAAACAAAUGAAUGAGGAGGAAUCUACUGUUGCAGAGGAUGAGACCACAACUCUGAGCUGGACAGUGAAGGAGAACAUAACAGAGGUCAGUCAGACCUCAGUCCAGCUUUCCCCAUCCUCUGACAGACAGGAAAUACAGCACACUGAUCAGACUCAUCCUCAGCCUAACAUGGUGGAGCCACUGUCAGACCACAGAGGGAACUCAAACAUGAAAAAUGACUCAGAAAUUCAACAUUUUCCUGGUGAUCACCUGUUUGAAGUGGCUAUAGAGAUCAACUUUAGUCAGGAUUUAGUGAAGUCUUGGGACAACCUGGCCAGAUCACUGCUGCUUUCAGUAAAAGCUUUGAUCAGCAAACAGCUGGAGGCUCUGCAUGCACAACUGUCAGUGUCUUCCAAAAGAAUAAAAAGGUUGCAUGCAGGAGUGCUGUACAUCCUCUGGCUGCAAGUUAGACAGGGACCUAGAGGCAUGCAUGUCCACAGGGGCAUCCACUCCGCUCUCCAGGGGCUCAUUGCCACUGGCAUCAACUUCAAAGGGAAUCUGAGAAAGGCAAUCAUCAUGUCUGUGUCGACUGCAGAUGUUAAUGAGUGUGGGACCCAACUUGUUCAAUGUGACAUCAAUGCAGACUGUGUGAACCAGUUUGGCUCCUACUCAUGCCAUUGCCGGGCAGGCUUUCAGGAUAACUCCCGCCUGGGAUCAGGAGGAACCAUCUGUGUGGACAUAAAGGCUGCAGGUUGCAGCUCACGCCUGUCCACUGAAGCUAAAGGUGUAUACGUCCUUUUCUUCCUGCUCAGCUCACUAAUUCUUGCACUGCUGGUGGUUGCCGGCAUGUUCUACCAUCGUCACCACCGGGGAAAAUUCCUAGUUCGCUGCCACAGCAACAGCAGCUUAUCCCCUUCUGACCCCAACAACAACCACCAGCAUCCUGAGGAAAACUACUCCAGUCCCGCUGACUCUGACCUGCCUCCCCCAUCUCCACCUGCCUGGGGCCCCAGAGAGUGCUGGGGCCAUGUAAAGGAGCAACGGCAAGUUUUGGAUCUGCAGCUGCUGCGCUUCAAUCUGCUGCACCCUCCAGACAGCUACAUGGAUCAGCGGGAGGGUGUGAACAGUCAAUGAUAAUUAAUCUUAAUUAUAUUCAGUAAAAUGUCUUCUUUAAAUUUACUUUCUCUUUUUUUUGUCUGCAUUUUGCACUAUUUGUAAAUUGCACAAUUAAAGUCACAAUGAAAAGCAUUUUUAUUCCUUGUUUCGAAAUUUUCAUGGGGUCUUGAAAGGCCUAAGGGACAUAUUUACUAAGUUGUCACAAAUUAUUUGCAGUGAGUGCCAAAAUGUUCCACAUCUAGUUUUAGUUGACCUGAUACCCCUAAUACUAGUAUCAAAUGACCAUAUUUGUCACCAAGUCUGGUAAGCAAUGAAGUGCAAAACAUGUCUUGAGAGAAGACGGUUGUGAUGAUAAUAAUAAAUCUUAUUUGAAAGUGCCUUUCAAGACACCAGAGGACACUUAACAACAGAAUAAAACUCAAGCCCCCACCCCCAAAGGGGGUCGGUUGCCCUCGGCCUGGGGCUCGGGGCACAGCUGGCUGCUGGCGGAGCGCACGAGCACGUCACUGCAACCCCCCCCCCCUGCUCCAUGGCUGCUGAGUAACCCGUCAUCUGGGGCUCUCCUCAGCUCUUUCCGGGAGAGUGGCACGGUUGCCCCUCUGUUGGUCUUCCUUGGUCUCUUGUGCUCUGAGGGCCUCUGGAUGUCUGGAGCCUGGAUCUCCUCCAUACCUGCUUCAUGCCCUGGAGGACGGGGCUGUGGCCCCCCACACCCUCUAGCAGAUCAUUACAUGAAGGAACCUUUUAAAAACAAGCGCGUUCAUGCUCACAGGUGAACACACGGGUGAUCACACACACAAACUACACCCUUUUUGGCUCCUACCUCAAAGCACACUGUGUGCUGUUGAUCCUACGUGCUGCACAAUAAUAUUCAAUAUUUAGUAUUUACUAUUAUAUUCACAUAGAUUAUCACGAUGAUGUUCUUUAUUAUAUUGCUCUUUUUUUUGCUUGUUUUCUCUUUUCUUUCUCAACAGGUGAUCCAGGUGAUUGAUAUAUGUAUUUUUUGUCUGUUUGUUUUGUUGGUUUUUGUUUUUUGCCCUUUAUCACCGUUCCUCUUCCCCGAUGUUUUUCUUUCCCUCCCUCUCUUUCAUUCUCCCUUUUCUUUCCCCCAGUCUUGUCUGUCCCGUGUGUAGCAAGUGAAAAUAAAAUAAAAUAAACAAUAAAAGCAAAGGUGAAUCAAAUAGACCAAUACGGCAAGGCCGGGAUAGUCCAUUUGGUAAAGGAAAUCCGGUGGGCAUCUUUCUUUGCCUUUAGACAAUAAUUCUGAUGGCAAAAGAGCCAAACGGGACAGGCGGGGGGGAAAAAAAAAGAAUAAAACACAUAAUAUAACAAUGAAGACAAAGGAAAAAUAAGAAAACAAAAGGACAAAAUAAACAAUAAAUCCAAGUCGAAAAAUGUACCGGUCAGUAGCGGCAGCCAGACACACCAGCAUUCACACAAGUCAGAAGUAUUCACCGGCUUGAGUGAAUGUGGGAUUUACAUGGAAAAAGCCUAUAAAACAGAAAAUUUAGGAUACUAAAACUAUAGAUCAAAACAAAUCGCCAAUACAACUUUGAUACAUAAGAUCUUUGAGCUAACUUUUAUAGUCUUGUGUCAGGCAGAUGAUGCCUGCCUGGGACAGCUCAUAGGGGAGCAGUAAUAUAACAUAUGUCUACACAUGUAUAAAUGUAUAGUGUAUGUGUCUUUUAGAUCCUGUAGAAGAAAUUAAGUGUGUGAAGAGGGCUCUCCAUUUACAUCAACAAAUUGGGGUCUAUUAAAUAAGAUUCAAACUAUUGCAGCAGUACCUUUAGUGCCUUUUGAAUGCUCUAAUCGCUGUUAAAAGCCAUAAGAUUCUUUGUAACUGUUACCAAUGCUGUUUUUGUACUGUGAUGAAAUCUGAAUCUUGAGUAAAAUUCUUUAAAUAAACAUUCCUCUGCAGAUGAUCAGUUAGCUGUUUUGUAACUAGUCUUUUUUAGAAUUUUUGAGAUAAAAGGAAUGUCUGCAUGCAGCCUGAGUCCACCAAAA